AAAAUAAUAAGGAUUUGAUUUGAACCACCGCUUCAAUCCGUUAUCUUUAUCCAUUCGUGUUUUGUAGUGUCCUCUAUUUGAUGUCAUGCCUAAACUUUCAGAUGCAGUUUAUAGUUAGUAAGAAAUCAGCGUGACAACAAUGGCAAUGUCCAUUCUCCAAUGUAUUUCACAUUCUCCCACAGAAGUCAACACAGAAGUUGCACUUCAACCUUCACCCUCCAUUCUUUCUCUAGUACCCAAAUGCACCUCUCUCAGAGAGCUCAAGCAAAUCCAAGCCUACACCAUCAAAACCCACCUCCACAACACCCACACCGUCCUCACAAAGCUCAUAAGUUUCUGCACUUCCAAUCCCACAAAUGCUUCCAUGGAUCAUGCCCACCAAAUGUUUGAUCAAAUUCCCCAGCCAGACAUUGUUCUGUUCAACACCAUGGCACGUGGGUAUGCGCGAUUUGAUGACCCUCUCAGAGCAAUUCUUCUUUUUUGUCAGGUUUUGUUCUCUGGCCUCCUCCCAGAUGACUACACUUUCUCCUCUCUUUUCAAGGCCUGUGCAAGGCUCAAAGCGCUUCAGGAAGGUAAACAGCUGCAUUGCCUUGCUGUUAAACUUGGGGUCAGUGGUAACAUGUAUGUGUGCCCAACACUUAUUAACAUGUACACUGCCUGCAAUGACAUGGAUGCUGCUAGGAGGGUCUUUGACAAGAUCGAUGAACCGUGUGUCGUCGCUUAUAAUGCGAUCAUCACGAGCUGUGCUCGGAGUAGCCAGCCCAAUGAGGCCUUGGCUUUGUUCAGAGAGUUGCAGGAGAGUGGCCUCAAGCCUACUGAUGUCACCAUGCUUGUUGCUCUUUCCUCGUGCGCUUUGCUUGGGGCGUUGGACUUAGGGAAGUGGAUCCAUGAGUAUGUCAAGAAGAAUGGGUUUGACCAAUAUGUCAAGGUGAAUACUGCUCUUAUAGAUAUGUAUUCUAAAUGUGGGAGUUUGGAGGACGCUGUUUCUGUGUUCAGGGAGAUGCCUAGGAGAGACACACAAGCGUGGUCGGCGAUGAUUGUUGGCUAUGCAACACAUGGGCAUGGAUCCCAAGCCUUAUCAAUGUUGGAGGAAAUGAAGAAGGCAAAAGUGCAGCCUGAUGAGAUAAGUUUUUUAGGUAUACUCUAUGCCUGCAGUCACAAUGGAUUGGUAGAGGAAGGUUAUGAUCACUUCUAUAGUAUGAUUCAUGAGUAUGGGAUUGUUCCAAGUAUCAAGCAUUAUGGGUGUAUGGUGGAUUUGCUUGGUCGAGCUGGACGCUUGGAAGAGGCGUAUAAGUUCAUAGAUGAGUUGCCGAUCAAGCCGACACCAAUUCUGUGGCGGACUUUGCUAUCUUCUUGUAGCAGUCAUGGAAACGUGGAAAUGGCAAAGCAAGUAAUUCAGAGAAUCUUUGAGCUGGAUGAUUCCCAUGGUGGGGAUUAUGUCAUUUUGUCAAACUUGUAUGCAAGAAAUGGAAGAUGGGAUGAUGUGAACUACCUAAGGAAAACGAUGGCAGCCAAAGGAGCAAUGAAAGUCCCUGGUUGUAGCUCAAUAGAGGUCAACAAUGUAGUGCAUGAAUUCUUUGCCGGGGAUGGAGUUCGUUCCACUUCAACCGUAUUGCACCGUGCACUCGACGAAUUGGUAAAGGAAUUGAAGCUGGCUGGGUAUGUACCUGACACAUCUCUGGUCUUUUAUGCAGACAUAGAAGAUGAAGAGAAAGAAAUUGUUCUUAGAUAUCACAGUGAGAAACUGGCCAUAACUUAUGGUCUUCUGAAUACUCCCCCUGGAACAACAAUUCGUGUGGUCAAGAAUCUUAGAGUCUGUGUGGAUUGCCACAACGCUGCUAAAUUUAUAUCAUUGAUCUUUGGUAGGCAAAUUAUUCUAAGAGAUGUCCAGCGAUUUCAUCAUUUUAAAGAUGGGAAAUGCUCCUGUGGGGGUUACUGGUAGAAGAGUUUGUUGAGCCAAUGGUCAAUAUUUUUUAUCAAGAUUAAUGAAGAAACUGGUCUAUUCAUUCCACAGAAUUGAGUGAUAAUAUUUUGUGCUUGGAAGGAAUAGCCACUGUAUGCAACUCGGAAGAUAAACAAAUCAAGGCCUCUUCUGAAAUUUUGGGAAUUGGUAAUUUUCAUGACUGUCAACAUCGGAUCAUUAGUGAUCAGUUACAUAUGUUUGUAUAAAUUGUAACACAUAAAUUUCCGGUAUUUUGUUUAGAAGGUUUGUUAGUGUAAAUAAUAAAAGAAAUGUACAUUUAACUUUGUAAUAGUGGAUAUUUUUUGAUGUUGUUGCAGAUUUAUUGUUACAAACCAAACAAUAUAGUGAUAAAAGAGAACAGAGAAAAUAAGUGCACUGUGAAUUGUAUGUUAUUUGCAAUUAAAAGGAAACUACAAUAGGAGGAAACCUCCAAUUGCCCACAGCAUAGCUCCUAUAACAGAAAAUCACAUAAUCACUCCCAUGUUGCCUCAUCAGACUAAACAAAAGAAAAUACUCUCUAAUCUAACAUAAACCUUCCUUACCUUAGGUGUCAUAUACCCCUCAUGGACCGAUGGCUCCUCCGGCCCAUAAACUUGUUGGGCUCCAACAAUGUCACUCCCUUCAACAACAUGCUUGUCCUCAAGACUGAGAUUCAGAAGUUGGCUCCUAAGCACAAUUUCAUCCUCACAAGUGGAUUUUCCAGCUCAAUUAACCAUUGAUUUACUCUUUCUCCUUGUUUCAUUAUGCUGCGGGAAGCUAGAACAGCUAUAGUGGCUUACUUAUUUCUACGUCUUCACUCUCUAAAUCUGUUGGCAAUUCCAGUUGAGCCUUAUGAGCCCAAUAGCUUUCUUAAGAAGUCACACAUGGAACACUGGAUGUGUCUUCAAGAUAGCAGGUAGUUUCAAUCGAUAAGCCACCAUUCCUAUACGCCCUAGCACUUCAAAAGGUCCAUAAUAUUGAGCGGACAACUUCGGACUAAUAUGGGAUAAUACUGAAUGCUUCCUGUGCGGUUUGAACUUCAAGAAAACACAUUCUCGAACUUGGAAGCAACGUUCCUGCCGAUGCUUAUCUGCUUCGAUUUUCAUCCUAUCUUUGGGCACGAGAAAGGUGUCUCUUCAAUUGUCUAAGGGCUUCAUCUCUGUCUAACAAUUCUCUUUGCACAACCUCUACUCUUACUUCACCUUGAACACAUGUCACCAUAAUGGGGGGCUUGCGGCAAUAUAGGGCUUCAAAGGGGGUCGUGGCUAUGGACUCAUGAUAAGUCAUGUUAUACCAAUAUUCGAUCCAAGGCAGCCAUUGAACCCAUCGCUUUGGUUGGUUUGUAAUGAAGCAAUGAAAAUUAUUCUCUGAGCACCUAUCCACUACCUGCGUUUGUCCGUCGGUUUACUGAUGAUAUGAAGUGCUCAUUCUUAACAAUGUAUCUUGUAACCGAAAAAACUCUUUCCAAAAGAGACUCACGAUCACUUACCACUGACUAGGUAUACUAUGAAGUCGAACCAUUUUUUUCACAACUAUUUCUACAAUUGUCUUUGCGGUAUAAGGGUGU